AUGGCGAUGUUACUAGCAGGGCCCAGCAGCGGCCGCAAAAAGACUUGCAUCGCCACAUAUACCGGCUUUAGAGGUCGAGGAUUCGAUUGGAACACACCCGGAACACCACAGGACUUCCUGUCGGUUCUGCGUGGCAACUUUGUUGGCCGGGCAGCGGUUGCGCCUUCGAGGCAGGGUACCUCAGCUCGAUAUUUGCGCUGGGAGAACGAUUUACGCUACUUGCAAUCGCGAUGCCGCCAGCAGCUGUGCCGCUCUUCUAAGGUUGACAAGCUUCUCAUGAAGGGCCCGUUCCAGACGUCUGAAGAGAACCUGGCGGAACAGCGAGCCGAUCUUCGGCGGGCCCGGCCAACCCUAGCAUCCGCAAUCAAAGGUUUUGCCCCAUCGUUCAACGGGGGCUAA